AUGAGGGAAGAUUUAAACUGGUGGCAAAAUAAAACUGUAAUAGGAAAGAAUCCUAUUAGAUUAAAUCAAUUUCAAAUUGAGUUAUCAUCAGAUGCAUCUUUGACUGGGUGGGGAGCUCAUUGUAGAGGUAUGAGCGCUCAUGGCCUCUGGUCCAACGAGGAAAGAAAAUUUAGUAUUAAUUACCUAGAGUUACUAGCAGCCUUUCUGGCAUUGAAGUGUUUCGUAGAAGAUUACUCCAAUUGCGAAAUCUUAAUAAGAAUAGACAACACAUCCGCAAUAGCAUACAUAAAUAAAGCGGGUGGAAUCCAAUUUCCACACCUAAGCGAAUUAUCGCGAAAGAUUUGGAAAUGGUGCGAAGAUAGGAAUCUAUGGAUUUUUGCUUCUUACAUCCCUUCAAAAGAAAACAUUGAAGCGGAUUAUGCAUCACGUAUCGUUAACAUUGACACAGAAUGGGAGUUGAAUCACAAGGUGUUUAAGAAAAUUCUUAAAAAAUUUGGUCCAUUCUCAAUUGAUUUAUUUGCCUCGAGACUAAAUAAGAAAUGCAAAAGAUUUUGCUCAAGAUUUCCUAACCCAGAAGUUACAGUAGUAGAUGCUUUUACAAUGUCAUGGGCAAAUGAAAGAUUCUAUGCUUUUCCUCCCUUUGCAGUUAUUUCUAAAACGUUACGAAAGAUAAUUUUAGACAAAGCAAAAGGUGUUGUAGUUGUACCCAGAUGGCUAGCUCAACAUUGGUACCCUCUAUUUAUGUCAUUGCUAGUGGCUCCACCUUUAAUAUUUAAUCCAGACGAGAAUCUCUUAUUAUCUCCUUGCAGGGAGGUAAAACACCCACUUGCGUCUAAACUUUCACUGAUGGUAGGGAGCUUAUCAGGACAGCGUUUAUAA